AUGUCCGAGUCUGUCUCCGUCCCCACCCACCCUAUUGCCCCGCGCCUCAAGAACGGCCCCAAGGAGCCCCAUGUCGGCCCUCACAUCCAUGCUUACCGUUCUAUUCACCAGCAGACGCUCGGCCAUGAGAGCGACAAGUGGUGGGCAAAGAUGGCCCGCGAGACCAUCUCUUGGGACCGCCCCUUCCACACCGUUCGCGCAGGCAGCUUCGAGAAUGGCGACAUCGUCUGGUUCCCAGAAGGUGGCCUUAACGCGUCGUACAAUUGUGUCGAUCGCUGGGCUUUCAAGCACCCGGACAAGACCGCCAUCAUCUAUGAAGCCGAUGAGCCCGGAGAAGGCUGCGACAUCACCUACGCUGAGCUGCUUCGCGAGGUUUGCGGUGUCGCAAAUGUGCUCAAGGAACUCGGCGUGAAGAAGGGCGACACCGUCUCAGUCUACCUUCCUAUGACCUGGCACGCCGUCGCCGCUUUCCUCGCGUGCGCGCGUAUAGGCGCAAUACACAGCGUCGUGUUCGCCGGUUUCUCCGCGGAGUCGUUGCGCGACCGUGUGCAGGAUUGCAAGUCGCGCGUGCUGAUCACGUCAGAUGAGGGACGCCGCGGGGGCAAGACGAUCGCCACCAAGUUGAUCGCGGACGCAGCGGUUAAGGAGUGCCCGAGCGUCGAGCAUGUGCUCGUCCUGAGACGGACAGGCAACGACGUGCCGUUUACUCCUGGACGUGACAAAUGGUGGCACGAGGAGAUUGCGAAGGUGCCAAGCUACUGCCCGCCAGAAGUGAUGUCUUCGGAAGACCCGCUCUUCAUUCUUUACACUUCUGGCUCGACGGGCAGGCCGAAGGGUGUCGUGCACACGACAGGGGGCUACCUGCUUUGCGCGGCACUGACUGUCAAGUACGUGUUUGACGUGCACCCCGACGACCGCUUCGCCUGCAUGGCGGACAUCGGCUGGAUUACGGGCCACACCUACAUUGUGUAUGGCCCCCUCAUGAACGGCGUGUCGACGAUGGUAUUCGAGUCGACGCCGGUGUACCCGACCCCGUCGCGCUACUGGCAGACUGUCGACAAGCACCAGCUGACACAGUUCUAUUCCGCACCGACGGCGAUCCGCCUCCUGCGCCGGCUGGGCGACCACCACGUGAAGGAGCACGACCUGGGCAGCCUGCGCGUGCUUGGCAGCGUUGGCGAGCCAAUCAACCCCGAGGCGUGGCACUGGUACAACGAGCACGUUGGGCGCGGGCAAUGUGCCAUCGUUGAUACAUUUUGGCAAACGGAGACUGGCUCGAUCGUCGUGACACCGUUCCCCGGUGCGAUCGAGACGAAGCCAGGGGCUGCGACGGUGCCAUUCUUCGGCAUCGAGCCUGCGAUCCUGGACCCCGUAACAGGCAAGGAGAUCGAAGGCGAAGGUGUAGAAGGUGUCCUCGUGCUCAAAACCCCCUGGCCGUCGAUUGCGCGCACUGUUUACCAAGAUCAUAAGAGGUACCUCGAGACGUACAUGAAGCCGUACCCUGGCGUGUUCUAUACUGGCGAUGGCGCGGCGCGUGACGAGCACGGGUACAUUUGGAUCAAGGGCCGUGUUGAUGAUGUCAUCAACGUCUCUGGACAUCGCUUGUCCACGGCGGAGAUCGAAUCCGCACUCAUUACCCACACGGGCGUAGCUGAGACGGCGGCGGUCGGCGUUGCGGACGAGCUCACGGGCCAGGCUGUGUACUCGUUUGUCACCUUGAAGCCGGAGUUCUCGUUCGACCACAACGACGAGGCCGCGCUUUUGAAGGAGCUGACGCUCCAGGUGCGCAAGGUCAUUGGUCCCUUCGCCGCACCAAAGAAGAUCUAUCUCGUCCCUGACCUGCCCAAGACGCGCUCGGGCAAGAUUAUGCGCCGUGUGCUUCGCAAGAUCGUUGCCGGCGAGGCCGACCAGCUUGGUGACCUCAGCACGCUCGCGGACCCGAGUAUCGUGGAGGUGAUCAAGAGCAAGGUCGCGUCGGCAUGA